AUGGCCUCCACCUCCGCCUCCCCGCAGCCCCCCGCUUCCCCGUCCCACCCAAACCCUAACCCUAGCCCCGACGCAGAUCUCCGAUCAGAUCGCCCCAUGCCCGACGCCGACGCCUCUCCUGCUUCCCCGGAGAAGCGGGCUGAGGAGGAGCAGGAGGAGGAAGAGGAGGCGCCGGGAAAGGCGGCGAAGCGGGCGGCGCCGGCGGCGGAGGAGGAGCAGCCGACCCCGCGGAAGACGCGCCUCCCGCGCGCGUGCAACAACAAGCCCAAACCCGCGCCCCCGCCGCCGCCGCCCGAGCGCCCGCGCCGCCGCGCCGCGGCGGCGGCGGCGGCGGCGGGCGGCGCGGACGAGACGCCGCAAUGCCGCGUGGUCACGCCGCUCGUGUCGGAGCCCGAGGCGCCCGCGGAGCUGCCCCGCUGGCAGCUCCGCUGCAUGUGGGAGCUCGGCGCCGUCCUCAACUUCCUCCACGUGUUCCGGCCUCUGCUGAACAUCACUGCGGAGUUCACGGCGGAGGAACUCGAGGCGGCGCUUAUCACUCCCAACGAGAUUCUAGACGAUGUGCAUAUGCCGCUGCUAAAGUCAAUUCCUCCUGUAACUCGCAUGGCUAUGGGACGUGGAACCUGGGUGACCGUCCUAUGCAGAAAGCUGAAGGAUUGGUGGCAUUGGGUUGCAGAAGGUGAUCUGCCAAUAAUUGCAUCUCAUGGAGUUGAAAUUGAAACGUACAAGACACUAGAACCAGCUAUCCGUUUAGUGAUCUUGAAAGCGAUAUGUGAUAUCCGCGUUGAGCAAGAGGAUAUUCGGAACUUCAUUGACAGUUCCCUUAAGCAUGGACAUGACCUUUCUACUUUUCGUAAAGAACGGAUCGGAGGGGAUUCCCUUGGAAUCUCAUACUGGUAUGAAGAUGAUGAGAUUCUCGGCCAUAGAUUAUAUCGUGAAAUUAGACGAGUAGAACAAGUCAAGAAGGAGCCAGGAAAGAGGUCCAGGGGAAAAGGAGGAUCUUCAGCUAUUUCAGUUGUGUCCUACCAGUGGGAAACUGUUGCGUCCACCUUUGAUGAGUUUGAUGAUGUUGCAGAAAAGCUCUUUUCAAGUCGGAACAGGACAGAGGUCUCACUUGGAAAGAAAUUGAAGAUUGAAUAUCUUCCAGAGAUAGAAAAGAUCCAUAAAAAGAAAGAGAGGUUGCUCAAAAAGCAACAGAGAGAAGCUCUCCUUCUUGAUAGCUACUUGACGUCAGACGGACUUACCACCGGCCGCUCUCUCCGUGAUAGAAAGCCUGUGACUUAUACAUUUGAUGACUAUGAUCGCUCAAUAAAUGAAGCCAUCAAAAUUACAAAGAAAAGAGAGGAGAGCUCGGCUGAGCCUGUUGCUCCUACUGCCAAUAGAAGGGUGCUUCCUCCAAGAUCGGAGGCACCAAGCAAUGGGAAGUUAAAUGGUCCCUCACCAACAACCAACGACUCAUAUGAUGGGAAUUCUUCAAAGUCGGAUGACUACCAAGACAGCGAUGGUGAACAAGAAAAUGAGGCACUUGAUCGCAGCAACCGGCGGAGGAAAAGAUCUCAGAGAUACACACAAGACUUUGUUGAGGCUGUCUCGGAUAUUGAUCCUAACUUCGACAGUGAUGAUGAUAUCAUGGGAGAGGCAGUGUAUGAUGAGGAAUACCUGAGAAGUCGCAAACAGCAUAAGGCAUCAAGUGCUUCUGAAGAGGAUGAAGAGUUCCGGUUGGAAGAAGAUGCUGAAGAUGAUGAUGAAGAGGAAUAUUCAUUGAGUAGCAGUGAAGAUUUAGAGGAGCCGCAACCGCAACGGCAUAAAAAAUUGGAAACUCGUGGCCGGCGAGGUACCAAGUUGAGAUCUGUUGAUGAAAUCCAAACAGGUCUCAGACGUAGCAAGCGUUCUUCUCGUCCUCGUAUUAACUAUCGCCAAUAUGAUUUUUCGGACUCGGAUACGGAGCCUGGAAAGGCAAGGAAAUCUGAUGCAUCAGAUCCUGAUGCUGGCUCCGAUGCUGAGAAUGAUAUGGAGCUCUCGACAUCGAGUCAAGAACAAGAGGAAGAAGAGGAUGAUAGUCCUGAUGAAGAAAAUGGUAAUAAUGUGAAUGAUAAAAUGGAGGAGGACCACACUGUGGCAGAAAAUAAAGUAGAACCAGAGGAGGAGCAGGAGCAGCCACAACAGCAGCCUGUAGAGAAGAUGGAUGCUCCCAGCAGAGAAAGUAAAAGUGUAGGAAGAACAUUCCUAGAUCUAAACGAGCUUGCACCUGGAGGUGGCUUUGAUGAUGGCCCAAGCUUGACAGUGAAAGAUGACAUGGACAACAUUUAG